AUGUUUGAGUCCAAUCACAAUGACAAUAACACCAACAACAGAAACACCACUACCACCAAUCGUGAUUUCGACAACGCAGCACAUUCCCUUUCCUCAUCGACAGUUUUCAAACCAGAGUUUCAUCCUGAUCUCGGUGUUUCAAACAUUAAGAACCGUAUUCCUAUUGUUCUUAAGAUGGAGAAAGAUCAACAUGGAACUUGGGCUGAGCUCUUCCGCAUUCGUGCCCGCUCUUAUUGGAUUCUACAUCAUAUUGUCCCCUAUAAGGACAAGACAUCAUCAACAUAUACCUAUAGUGCCGAGUAUGACCAAUGGACCACCCUUGACUCUAUCGUCCUUCAAUGGACAUAUUCCACAAUUUCCAUUGACCUGUUGGCCGCUAUCCUAGAACCAGACUCCAUUGCUAUGACAACCUAUAGUCGUUUGGCAGAUAUUUUUUUAGGACACUCAGAAUGCUCACGUUGUCGCCCUUGA